GAUGGCUCCGCGCGCUGCGUUAACGAGACUCCUGGAUGCGUCAGCGCUCAACAGCACACAGUACACGCUCGUGUGAAAUAGGAAGGAGGGAUAUAAAAAAAAAACGCGCGCGCACACACACACACACACACAUAGGAGGAGCGGAAGAAGGAGCCUGCAAUCUGUGUAAAAUCAGUGUAUGCUGUGCGCUUGGUGUGAAGCAGAACGGGGACGAUGGGUUCAACCACGGAAGAAGAAUUUAAAGAAAAAUUGCUAUGGAACGUGAAACGAGAGGUAAAGCAGAUUAUGGAAGAGGCAGUCACCAAGAAAUUUGUACAUGAAGACAGCAGCCAUGUCAUCGCUCUGUGCAGUGCUAUUGAGGCUUGUCUGGGACACAUGCUGAAGCGCAGAGCUGCAGGCUUUCUCCGUAGUGAUAAGAUUGCUGCCCUCUUCACCAAAAUUGGAAAGGUGUACACAACAGCCGAAGAGGUGUGCCGCAAAGUCCAGGAUCAGUUGCAGCAGCAGGCCGACAUCACCAGAAGGACCCAGAGCACAAGCGGACAGGAGCCCCUCCGCAGGCAGGGUUCCUCUGCAGGCCGAGUUCCUCAGCCUCUCUCAGCUCAGGCUAUCAAGCACAUCUGGGUCCGUACUGCCCUUUUUGAUAAGGUCCUGGACAAAAUAGUGCAGUAUAUUGUGGAUAACUCAAGUAAGUAUUAUGAGAAGGAAGCCCUGAUGCAUGACUCUGUAUUCGGCCCUAUCUUGGCAGCACUUCUCGUUGGUCCUUGUGCUCUGGAGUACACCAAGCUGAAAACGUCAGACCAUUUCUGGACGGAUCCUUCAGCCAAUGAACUGGUCCAGAGGCACAGGAUCCAUGGAGCACAUCGAGGCCAGGAGGCAUCACCCAGCCGCAGGCCUGCUCUCGGGAUUCGUAAAAGGCAAUCCAGCGGGAGCAUGUCUGAGGAUAAGUUUUCAGCCUCUGCAAGGGAAUAUGUGGAGUCUCUCCAUCAGAACUCGCGUGUACAUUUGCUUUAUGGAAAGAACAACGUGCUCGUUCAGCCGAAGAAGGACAUGGAGGUGUUGAGGGGUUACCUGUCUUUACAUCAAACUGCUGACGCACUCACACUGAAGUGGACGCCCAACCAGUUAAUCAAUGGUACUCUUGGAGACUGCGACCUGGAGAAGAGUAUUUAUUGGGACUACGCAUUGACAGUACCCUUGAGACAGAUAGUCUGCAUCCACUGUCACCAACGGCCGGAUUGUGGUGGGACUUUGGUGUUGGUGAGUCAGGAUGGGAUCCAACGGCCCCCUCUUCACUUUCCUCCUGGAGGUCACCUGCUGGCUUUCUUGUCAUGCCUGGAGACUGGCCUACUGCCCCGGGGGCAACUAGAGCCCCCUCUCUGGUCCCAGAAGGGCAAGGGUAAAGUCUUCCCCAAGCUGCGUAAAAGAAACAGCACUGCUCGGUUGGUAGAUCAGGACGUUGAUGAUGAGCCAGUUGCUGCAGACUACGUGUUCCGCAUCGUUUACCCAGGACACCGUCAUGACUCCAUCACUAUAAACUACCACCACACCACGGGCAGUCGCGCGCCCUCUCUGGACGACGAUGAGGAGGAGGAAGAUAGACUUCACGCAAUGAUCUCAAUGAUCUGCUCGCGGAACCUCACAGACCCUAAUGUCAUGAAAGACCAUGGGGACAUGGAGAUGCAGGGCUUCGGAGGCAGCCCGUCGUCAUGGCAGCAAGCCGAGAAUGCCAGUCAUGCCUCGUCAUGUUUGUCCUGCUCUGUUGGGGGUGGUAGCUUAUCCAUAGAGCUUCCUGGAACAUGCACCUGCAUGCAUGACCGAAUCCCACUCAAGAUGCUGUGUCAUAACAUGAAGAGACAAAUUGUCUCCAGAGCCUUCUAUGGCUGGCUAGCCUACUGUCGGCAUCUGUCCACGGUGAGAACACAUCUGUCAGCACUGGUCAACCACAACAUCGUCCCCCCAGACAAACCUUGUGAAGCAUCUGGAGGCCUCAGCAAAGAUGUCUGGAGCAAAUACCAAAAAGACUGCAAGAACUACAAGGAGCUUGAGCUGCUGCGGUUGGUUUAUUAUGGCGGUGUGCAGCAUGAGAUCAGGAAAGAGGUGUGGCCAUUUUUGUUGGGUCAUUAUAAGUUCGGCAUGGGGAAAAAAGACAUGACGCAGAUUGAUGAGAAGAUCGCAGCACGCUACAAACAGGUGAUGAGAGAGUGGAAGGCCUGUGAGGUGAUCGUGAAGCAACGGGAGAAGGAGAUGCAGUCGGCCAUUUUUGCCAAACUCUCAUCGGGGAGCAGCAUUGACAGUCACGUAAUGAAACUCAUCCACAGAGACUCAACUCUCAGCAAUGAGGUCUUCAUGUCAGUGGACGAACCUGAUGGGGUUGGUCGGGACACCCCAUGUGAGAGUGAGAACACCCCUACCAUGACCACUGUGGUUAAUCCGGUUGCUCUGGCUCCUGAUGAGAGGUUACUAGUUGAGUUUGACUCUCCAGACUCAGGCCUCCCCUCUUCUAGGAACUACUCAGUAGCAUCAGCACACUCCCAGAUUCUGUCUAGCAUUGAUGAUGGACAAAGUAUAGAGGAGGAAACAGGAGAUGAGGCCACACCUAGGGGAGAGGCAAGUGGGCGAGACUCCCUGAGUGAAGACAGGCUGUGCAGCCAGCUGGAUAAACUGGUUACUAGCAGUGAGGAUGCGCCCCCAUCAUUCUCCUCGUAUACGAUUGAGCUGUUGGACACUGUGGCUCUGAACCUGCACAGAAUAGACAAAGAUGUUGCACGCUGUGACCGUAACUAUUACUACUUUACCACAAGCAACCUGGAGAAACUGCGAAAUAUUAUGUGCAGUUACGUCUGGGAGCAUCUAGAGGUGGGCUAUGUGCAGGGAAUGUGUGACCUCCUGGCCCCUCUGAUGGUGAUUUUGGAUGAUGAGUGCCUUGCCUACAGCUGUUUCACACAGUUAAUGAAGAGGAUGAGUCAGAAUUUCCCCAAUGGAGGAGCCAUGGACACUCAUUUUGCUAACAUGAGGUCCUUAAUACAGAUCCUUGACUCAGAAUUGUUUGAACUGAUGCACCAGAAUGGAGAUUAUACUCACUUCUAUUUUUGCUACCGCUGGUUCCUGUUGGACUUCAAGAGAGAAUUGCUGUAUGAAGACGUAUUUGCUGUGUGGGAGGUGAUUUGGGUGGCACCCCGUAUCUCCUCUCAGCAUUUUGUACUGUUCAUUGCACUGGCGCUGGUGGAGGUGUAUCGGGAAAUCAUUCGCGACAACAACAUGGACUUUACAGACAUUAUCAAAUUCUUUAAUGAAAUGGCGGAGCGGCAUGAUGUCCAGCACAUCCUAAGGGUAGCUCGCGAGUUGGUACACAAGGUGCAAACGCUCAUAGAGAACAAGUGAAGCUCAUCUCCGGCUUCAUCACUGUUUCUCAUUACUCCUUUCUCUGAUGGUCCAUUCAGCAAUCCCUCUACUGAGAGAUAGAGGGGGAAGGAGAGCACACUGGCUCUCAGCCCCUGGGUAAAGCGAUGAGACUGCCUGAAAUCGUCCUCACUCUGUAUCCUUUGCCUGUAACGGAACGCCAUUGUGUUGGCUGUUGGAGUUGUCUGCAUGCAUGUUGGAUUUGAGCACACUGUGACUGAUUUUUCUUUUUUUUUCUUUUUUUGCCCGUACACUCCUCCAAUAUACGCUGCAUCUACUGGAUCCUUUCAGUGGCCAUUUUCUAAAAAACAAAAUAAAAAAAAACAAUAGACUUCAGCCUCAAGAUGUAGUUCUGUUAUACCAGUGACUGUUUUUCUUCUCUGCCAAAUGUACAGAAAGUAUCCCGCACUUAUCAGUGACUCUCAGGAGGAUCCCUUCUUCUCUCUGCCUUUAUUAGAUACGGCACUGAACAGUACAAUUGAGCACAUUUUUUCUGAAUCCACAGAGCCUGACAUUACAGUACUGAAGAAAAAGCAGAAGCUGCCUAAUAUCGAAAACCCACUAAAGAACUAAGCCACGAAGAAGUCAUUAAAGCAUCGAAUUUGUGACCAAAAGGACUGUGCCAAUUAUAUGACCUUGUCAUAGUAUUUGUCUACCUUGUAUUUUGUCUUUGACUUUGCUAUCCUCGUUUUCUCACCUAGAUCUUCUGGAAUAUUUCUGAUGGUUGGGAAAAAAAAAAGAAUAUAAAGUGGCUCCUUUUGCACUUUUGCACAACUUUUCCUUCCUCAAUUCAAAAGAGUAAAAAAGGGGUAGAGGUAUAAUUAACAGAAUCCUAUUUGCUCUGAAACGAGAUUGACAUGGAGAUACAGAGGCAAACUGCUUCCACAUCAUGGUUGAAAUGGGCAUUGUGGUGGAUCUCAAUGUGUGCCACAUCAAGAAUGAUGCAUGGCUUCUUUACAUGCUGAUGAGUUUGCAGUUGUUCACUCAUUGCAGUCUUAAGUAUGGUCUUAACCUGCUGAUCUGUAUAAACAUUCCUGAAUUUAGAAAAAAAAAAAAAAAACACUAAAGUGUCCUCUGGAAGAUGGUCACUCAUGUAACAGCCAAAGCUCCUUCUCAGUACAAACAGCACUCUUGGUGCUCAGAAGCUAAACAUGUCAGACAUCAGUCCCUCAAUGUCUUCCCCUAAGCUACUGCUGCCUAAUUCCUCCAAACACCUCCAAAUCGAAUCGCCUCAGAUCUUUUGUACUCCUACAAAGCUUCUGUAUCUGUUAUCAGGUUUCUUAGUGACCCUCUAUAGUUUUUGUGCCUCAGACUCUGCUGAUCAGUUGUCUUCAUUAUGUGAGUGUGUGUGUGUGUGUGUAUGAGGAACAUGAUGCAUCCUACGAAAGGUUACUUCCAAAAGGAGCUUGUGUACCAAAGCUUCCAGAACAUCCCCCUUAGUGUCAUACAGUUGUGCAUCCUCCAUGCAUAACUCAUAGACUGUUGAAUGAAAUUAUCUUAAUUUUAACUGUGAAACACUUCAUUUAAAGUUUUCCCCUCCUUUAUAUCCAGCUACUGUAGUGUAAAUACAAGGUAUGAAAAAGCUCUGGAGUUCUCUGAGGCCCUUGAACUGUAUUUUAAACACUAUUUUUUAACAAUUUCGGUUGUAGAGAUCUGCUUCAGUGAACACUGUAGAACUGGAGAACUGUACAUUUUGAAUGUGGGAAGCCUUUGUUACAUGUUGACUGUUACGUUCCUUAUUCAUGUCGUGCCCUGGAUUAUAUGGAUUUGAAAAUUAUAUAUUUUGUUUUGGAUGCCAAACUGAAUGCUGAAGUAUGUAUUUUAAUGGAUGUAUAAUUUUACCCUGAAUGUAUUACUAAAAAAAAGUUGUUCCUAACUCA